AUGGAUACCCAUACUAAUGCUUGGAGGUUCACCAAGGUGAAUCUAAGCACCAGCAGCAGCUCCCCAAUUAGCGGCAAGUUAGUAGUCACGUGGGCCAGUCCACCAAUGAGUUGGGGGCAAUUCAUUUCCGAGGAGAUCGGUGGAGCAUCUACUCACUCACUGUUCCAUGAUCCCUUCACCACGACGAGAAAUCAUUCACAUCAUCGCGUCACACCGGCCUUUCCAAGGCCCCCGGACGACUGUAGUUUCACUUUGUCACCAGCCAUAUCUCCACGUCUUGGUAGUUUACCGCUGCGAGCCCGAAUGGAAGUCGACAGCAUGCCAACAGAAACGGAAUCCGCCAGCCCCAACGAUAGUAGAACUCCCAGUUCUCAUCGACAAAAGGCCUUAUCUCGUCCGGAUCAGAAUUUCAAAGGCCGCGUUCGCACAGGAUGCCUCGUCUGCAGAGCUCGAAAGGUAAAGUGUGACGAGCAACGGCCAACUUGCCAAAAAUGCACACGGUUGAAAAAGGCAUGCGUCUAUAGGAUUGCAACCAGGUGGGGACUGUCUCAAUCACCGCCUAUGGGUUCGGAUCUGCUACCGAGACACUUUCAACGAGAUCAAACCAGCACGGGAGCGGUGCCAAAUAACGUCCCGAUGCAGGCUGAAGCCGGAGACUAUCCCAUUCCUACACAACCUGGCCUCCCGGGAACCGUCUCCGACCCUGGGGCUCGGGAAAUCUUGACCAUCUCUGGUGAUCUCGGACAGGCAGACCUGGGUCUUUCAAUAUCUAAUGAUUCCGAUGAGUCGUCUCCAAAUCAUGGUGCUGAUAACUUCGACCGAGGCUCCAGUCUCAGCGUUGCCGUUAAUCCCUCAGAUCGAUUCCAGCAAACAUCUCAGCUCAUUUAUCUGAGCACAACCAUGGAUUGGUUGGCAGCCUCCGAAGCGCCUUCUCCGUCUUCAUUCAGCUACUUUAUCGAAGUGGUGGAAUGCCCUCUGCUGUCACCCUUUGACCAUCUAAAUUGGACAAGGAUCAAACAGCACAUCGCUCGCCUGGGGUUCCAGCACACCUCAGUUGCAGGGUCACUGCUGGCUGUUCAGGCUCUCUACAGAGCUCAGGUGGAUCGUUUGCCAAUGGCCUACGCCAUGUCAGUUUACCAAGCCGCCGUCACUGGCUUCGAAUCUACAUCGGGCGAUGAGGCAGUGGACUUUGAUAUCGUCUUGGUCAGCGCCUUCCUCCUUUGUCUCUGUGCAGUCUCUUUACCGAAUGAGGACGGCCCUCACCUUGCCGUGUUUGAUGGGGCUUUUGUAGUAAGGUUAGAGGCUUGGUUACUGAAUGGGCAUCGAUCGCCUGUUUCCUUACGAAUCUGUGCUUGGUUGCAACUCCUAAAUACGACCACCAAGAGGCCAGGGAGCGCCGGCCUAUUGUCCGCAUCGGUGCUCAGCCUCCUAUACAAUCACGUCAAGGAGGUACCUGGUCUUUCCACACUGGACUGCGACGCGCAUCCGGAACGUUGUUUAUAUGACGCCGUCGCUACGCCUAUCUUUACAUUUUACCUGAGGCUCCAAACGAUGUCGAACCGAGUCGUAGAUGUAACGCAUUACCGUCGAUCCCGUACCACGCCUGCUGACCAGGCAGAGGUGACCGAUAUCGUGGCAGCUCUGAAGAUAGAGCUGUCUGAUCUUUGGGAGAAGCGGCCGGCUACGUUGCACCUACAGCCAGACAAAGUUCGAGAACACCUCUCUGCUCAGAUUUCCGACCAGCUCAUCGCUCUUGCUGGAGUUUGCAUUGCGGCAUUUCAUGCGGAGAUCAUCGUAAUCGGUCGAAUCCUGGGGGAUCCUCCGUUUCCAUCGCCCGAGGCCAAGCAUGCCCUGGAGCAAAUCCGAAGCAUCGUCGAGGGUGGUUGGGAUGUCUCUACGGAUGGCGCACUCAACCCAGGAUACAUUCGACCUCUAUUUGUGUACGCCCUCGAAAGCUUCCAAAAGGAUGAAUCGCAAUGGGCAGCGGACCAGUUGAGGCGGAUCAAGCACCCCAGUAGUAGAAGCAACUUCCUCGCGUCCUUUGUGGAGGCUCAUGGACAAGCGCAGAGAGCUCAAGGCAGGAGGGUAACGAUGAAAUAUUUUUGCUAUCAGACCUUUGGCGUAGCGCUGCCAUUCAUGUAAUUGAUGAUCGGGAAGAUACUACCAACAGGGAUAAGUCUCCCUUCAAUGCCAUUGAUCAACGUUGCUUCUGCAGAGACAUCGAUUUUAAGAUAAGGGAGUUGUUGAAACUUGCCUGCAGACUAGAGCAGGCAAAGGACGACUGGUGCAAUGGAUCGCGGCCGCGCUGACGAGGCAAUAAACCGGCUUCCAUUUAUACAUGAGCCAACCGAUAUCCCGCAGUAGUCAUACC